AUACCUCUUCGCUCACAUCUAAUUUCUGACUCCAUUAAUAGCUGUCAUGUCCUGAUGUCUAGAGGGGAUUACAAGGACCCAUUUCACGCGGCGCUGAGCUCUGGGCUCUCACCGCCUAGUCUACAGUGUCUAAUGCUGAUAAAAAAUUGUACAUUCUCACCCACUUAAUAAUUGUACGUUCAUUCCCGUGCUCCGAAACUCUGCAACUAGGGUUUCGGUGACGGCGGGCCUCUCACUUCGGUGCCCCUCCUUGUUUUUGCAAGGCCUCCUUCCUCUUUCUUUUUCCUGGUUUUCUACCUCUCCAUUCCAUGGAUCAAACUCGUAUUUUGGCCUGGAACUGUCGAGGUCUUGGAGAUACUUCUGCGAUUUCAGAGUUGAAGAAAUUCUGUUUCCAACAUAAGCCCAGCAUCAUCUUCCUCUCCGAAACUAAGCGCACAGCGGUGGAGAUGACCUCGAUCCGCCCAGAUCUAGGGUUGGAUCACGUUUCUGUGUGCAAUUAUGCAGAGAGAAGGGGCGGCUUGACCCUGCUUUGGAGUGAGGAGAGUAAUCUUCAAGUUUCCUCUUUCUCGCCAUUGAUAGAUCUAGGGCUGGUUUUGCUGUUCUGCAGGCAAUUGUGCAUAGAGAAACCAUCACACAUCGAUGUUGUAAUUGUAGAUCCCGGUGGUUGUCAACGGCCAUCAACAGGGUAUUCUGGCCAACCAGAGAUGGUUUCUCCUAUGCCUCGACGAUGUUUAGGCGAUUUCAAGGAUUUUUUUAGCAAAUCGGCAAAGGAGAAGGGCUUUCUCAGAUUCCAGUUGGUUUCUGCGGGAGGGGCCAAAAGGGGAGAAUGCCGAUGGAGGUUGAUUGGAGAUGUCGGAGGUGUUCUGCAAGGGGAGGAUGCCACUUUAAUCUCAAAAGGGGCUCUAGUUCCCUUAUUGAAAUUUGGCAACAAAGGCUUGCAAAGGAUUGGAAUAGUUAGGAUCAUGGUUGGGAGCCCAUGGCAACGAGGGAGGUGCCUGGGUUUGCAUGGAGGGGCUUUAGUUCCCUCCUGUUAAUUGAAACUGUUUUAGGGACGACAUAUAGUGGGCUGGGGACUGCUGAUGUCGAAUUUUCCUGCUCUCCCCAUGAAGCUGGCUAAAUAGAUGAGGACGUUCAGUAGUUUCAGACACUCAUAGCGACCUCCUUUUCUACUUUUGUAGCCUUAUUUUUGCCCUUACAGUUAUUGUAGUUACAAUCCUUAGUCAUAGAUGGCCCUCUUCACUUAAUUGUCCACAUUCGUCAUAUGUAUAGUUUAAAUUUGUUAUUUAUGCUGUAGGUUAUGCUUCGGUUUUUAGCUAGGAUAUAGUGCCCUGCAUUGAGAUUAAGCUGUAAUCUCCUUUUCAUUUAAUAUAAAUCUUUAUUUUCU